GAGGUGCAAAUAAUUUAUAAAGAGUGAUGUACUAGAGGAGAAAGCCUGAAUAGACAGAAAAUGUGUGUGUAUCUGAUGCAACUGAUUUUUCUGUUCCUUCUGAAAGGUACCAGUGGAGUGGAAUACAUACAUGUUUUUGGCAAAUGUGGAGAUGAUGUCAGUCUACCGGCUAAUGAAAAGCUUUCUGACUGCACUAAUAUCACAUGGCAUACAUUUGGGGGUACACUGACAAUUGACCUGUUCAAUGAUGAAAAGAUAAAAAGUGACAACGAGCGACUGAGUCUGGCAUCAGACUGCUCUCUGAACAUCAAAAACAUAACAAAAGAUGACUAUGGAAUUUACCCCUGCGUCAUCAGAGAAAAAAAAGAAACUCGUGUUUUGCUGCAUGUUCUUUACGUUUUUAUAGCAUCCACACAUACUAAGAUCAGACCAGGGCGCUCUCUGACUCUCAUCUGUCAUUUGUAUGGUCAUUUUUUUGAUUUUGAAAAAGUACAGCUGGUCUGGGUGAAUCAGGCAGGUGUUGCUUUUCAAACAGACCCCAGAUAUCGGAUAACAUCCUUGGGACACUCAAGCAGCAUAUUGACUACAACACUUCUUAGUAAAGACAACAACACAAAAUUGAGAUGUCAGGUUAUUAAAGGAAGUGAAGUUAAGACGUCAGACACCUUUACUGUCAAAUACUCAGCUGCAGCUCCAACCGCUUCACCAAUAAAUGUUACCACCUCACAAUGUCAAGGAGAUUCGUCUUCCGAAGCAUCAAUAACUCCAGCAAGAGUGAUCAUAUUUCUUGGUGAGAUUACAGUGUUAACUGCUCCUACUGCAAUGCUUUUGCAGAUUAUCUUGGAAAGAAGAGCUGAUAACAAAAGAAAGGCUAAAACGCCUAGAGGAAAUAAUGAUACAAAUGCUUAAAGGUAUAGUUCACCAAAAAAGGUCAAAAUUCUGUCAUCAUUUACUCACUCUCACGUUGUUACAAACCUGUAUACAUUUCUUU